AUGUUUCGUUUAGAUUCAAUUUGUUGACUAGUCGGAGGCGUAGGAUAGGAUACAAUUUUGAGCGUGGUACUUCUUCAUAACAAGCCACAUGUUCAUUCAUUCACACGUGUAUCCAUAAGAAAGUUUUAUCUGUACACUGCAGCAACGAGACCACAGAGAUGAAGCUAUUGAACAAUAAUAGUCUCAUCAUGCUCUUUGUCUUUCUGAUUUUGGCAUUUACCCAAGUCUCAUCCCUCGAAGAAGAAGGUUACAGCAGAAAUGACUUCCCUACAGACUUUGUCUUUGGUUCUGGCACAUCAGCUUAUCAGGUAGAAGGAGCUGCUGAGGAAGACGGGAGAACUAGUAGCAUUUGGGAUGUUUUUGCUCAUGCAGGACACUCUGGCGAUGCAACAGGGGAUGUUGCAUGUGACCAAUAUCACAAAUACAAGGAAGAUGUGAAGCUCAUGGUAGACAUUGGUUUGGAUGCUUACAGAUUUUCCAUAUCCUGGUCAAGGCUUUUACCAAGUGGGAGAGGACCUGUUAAUCCUAAGGGGCUGCAGUAUUACAACAAUCUUAUUGAUGAAUUGAUCACUCAUGGAAUCCAGCCACACGCUACGUUGCACCACUUUGAUCUUCCACAGGUCCUAGAAGAUGAGUAUGGAGGUUGGCUUAGCCGAGAAAUCGUGAGAGACUUCACAGCUUAUGCAGAUACUUGCUUCAAGGAGUUUGGAGAUAGAGUGUUGCAUUGGACUACAAUAAAUGAACCCAACGUGUUUGCACUUGGAGGGUAUGACCAGGGAGUAACACCUCCUGGUCGAUGCUCUCCUUCCUUUGGUCUUAACUGUUCUAAAGGAAACUCUUCUAUUGAGCCUUACAUUGCUGUUCACAAUAUGUUGCUCGCACAUGCUUCUGCCACAAACUUAUACAAGAAACAGUACCAGGUUCUUCUCUUCCUCUUCUUUUAUGUGUCCUCCAUAUAUGUGCACUACUACUGUCUUUAUCUAACAAAGUAUCUCCACUUAAUUACACAGCAUAUGCAGCAGGGGACGGUAGGUAUUAGCAUAUACACAUACGGUGCUACCCCCUUAACUAACUCGACAGAGGAUAAGCAAGCAACAGUUAGAUUGAAUGACUUCUUUAUUGGUUGGGUCUUGCAUCCGCUGGUGUUUGGUGAUUAUCCUGAGACGAUGAAGACCAGUGUUGGGUCUAGAUUACCUGCUUUUACAGAGGAUGAGUCUGAACAAGUUAAGGGCGCUAUCGACUUUGUAGGAGUGAUAAAUUACAUGGCACUUUACGUUAAGGAUAACUCUUCCUCUCCGAAACAAAAUCUCCAUGAUUUCAACACAGACAUGGCUGUGUCACUGACCUUGGUUGGAAACACAUCGUUCAGUAAUGAGUAUGCAAAUACACCAUGGAGUCUGCAACAAGUACUGUUGUAUAUCAAAGAAAACUACGGCAACCCUCCUAUCUACAUUGCAGAGAAUGGUCAGAUGGCUCCUCACAGCUCAUCACUUGAGGACACGACGAGAAUAAAGUAUGUGAGCUCACACAUUGAAGCAGUACUUCAUUCAAUCAGGAAAGGAGCGAACGUAAGAGGGUAUUUUCAGUGGUCCUUGAUGGAUUUGUAUGAGGUAUUUGGUGGGUAUAACAUGAGCUAUGGAUUAUAUUACGUGGACUUCAAGGAUCCUUAUCUAAAGAGGUACCCUAAACUCUCUGCUCACUGGUACUCUUCCUUCCUCGGAGGAACACUUCACCAUCGGUCGCAUGCUUUAUCUUCAGCUAUGUGAUCAUUUAAUGCUAGCGACGAUUAUACUGUAUGUUUAAAAUAACCCCUAGGCUCCUCCAGUGCAUGUGACUUGAGUCUGAAGCAACAUUUUAUGUCUUGUGAUUAAUUUACUUUGUUGAUAUAUCAAGUUAUCAACCCCUUAUUAUCAACGUACUUUAUUAAAACCUUUUAUUUGUUGA